GUUCCGCUUCUUGUAUUUGCUAAUAAAAUGGAUGAGAAAGGUGCAAUGUUAGUUUCGGAAAUUAGCGAUUGUAUGGGCCUAAAUUUUAUAAAUGGUCGAAAUUGGCAUAUUUGUGCAACAUGUGCAACCACAGGUCAAGGGCUUAACAAUGGCUUCCAAUGGUUGUUGAAGAAUAUUCGAGCAUAUAUGGAAUCUAAAAGUAAUUGA